AUGGGUGCAAACCACAGUAAAGUCAAACAUCGUCGAAGUAGUAAUAACAAAGCACGUCAUAUACCGCCAACAGUAUCUGCAACAUCCCUAACCUCAGCAGCACCAUCAUCAUCAUCGCCACAGCCGCAGCCGCAGCCACCACGACCAUUACGAUCGCAGCAGUUACAACAACAGCGCCAGCAAGUUCAACAAAACCAUCACACUUACCACAAUGACCAUCCACCAACACAACCAUCUGGCACAGAACAGCAGCAACAGCUACAUCAUCGGUCCCCAUACAGCAGUCAUCGACCAUCCUCGUCAUCAAUAUCUCAGCCGGUGCUUAUAGAAGAUGACGACGAAAGUACCUAUGAACGACGCUUGUCCAUCGACUUUUACUCAAGCGACACAAUAAAUUCCGCCAUACUGAUCAAAAGCCAUAUUAUGGAAGAAAGUCGCUUACACGACGAUCGACUACCCAGUGAUCCCCCAGAAUACGUUCCGCCCACACUCUCAUCAACAUCAUCGACGACUUCCAUUGCUACCACCUCUAUGUUCUCCACCGCCUCCUCACCAUCAUCCAUGUCCUCUGUUUCUUCAAUACACUCGAAAUUUGCCCCACCUGCACAAUCACCAGCCUUGAUCCGUGUUCUUCAGAAACAACGGCAGACAAGUACAACCAAUCUUAGUCAAACUGCCUCAAGCGAUAAGGUUUCAAUAGAGUCAGCAUCCAGACCUGCUAUUUCGGGAAGCAGCGACAUUAACAGCCUCGUGACAAGCGCCAAUGAUGACUCUACACUUGUUUCACAAACCAGCACCAUCACCGAUGAACAAAAGUACCGCGACUUAGAGAAUCUGGCGCUGCGGGAACACAUCGAAGCGUUCUAUCCCUAUGCAGUUUAUCAGUACUACGGCAAGACACCGAGUCGAAAACCACACUACGGCAAGGCUUUCAGAUAUUUUCAGGCUGCUGCUAAGGCAAACAAAAGUUUGCUCGAGCAUCAACCCAAUCAUCCGCAGCGUCAACAAAUCCUCGGCAUUAUAUCUAGCUCGCUCUAUUGUAUCGGUGAUAUGCUUGCCAAUGGCAAAGGUGUUUCUGUGGAUGCAAUUAAAUCAUUAAGACUUUUUAACGCAGCAGCCAAAAACCGCUAUGCGCCAGCUGAAUAUAUGGUCGGAUACUAUUAUCAGCACGGCAAGGCAGGUUUAACCAAGAAUAUCCAAGCUGCCUACAAAUGGUAUAGCUUAGCUGCAGAGCAAGGUUAUGCAAAAGCUCAAGCUGCAUAUGGUGCUCUACUUUUGGAACAGCUUGAAAACAAUGUGGAUAAUGAUCGACCACAGAAAGUACCAGUUCAACAAGCAUUAAAUUUCCUCCAUUCCGCAGCCGAGCAGAACAACGCCGAAGCACUGUUACAACUGGGGUUGCUUUAUGAGGAAGGUCGACAUGUGCACAAGAGCCUGCAUAAAGCAUUCGAUUUAUACGAACGAUUCCUUGACAGCGCAGACAACGGCAGAUAUGGUGCCACGCAUUACAUGAUGGGCGUCAACUAUCGACAUGGCAGUGACGACUUGAAGCGCAGCGACGAACUAGCACUGAAGCAUUUCCAUCUAUCAGCUGAAUCCGGGUUCGCACAAGCACAACGUGUUCUUGGCAAUUUGUACGCUGACGGCAUCGGCGUAGAAAAAGACGAUUCGGAGGCGCAUCGCCUUUUUCAAAAAGCUGCGGCACAAGGCGACCUGUUGGCAAUAUGUUGGCUCGGCAAACAGUUUGAAUACGGACGAGGGUGCAUAAAAAAUACUCAGAGAGCAAUAGGCUGUUACGAAACAGUCGCACGACAACCUCAAACUUUGCCGCUUCAUUGCGUUCCAGCGCAACUCGCACUUGCAAUGUUGCUCGACAGUACUGGUCGUCGUUCAGAAGCUCUUGAAUGGUUCCAAAAGGUUGCCGCAAGUGGCGAUUUUAAGAAAGCUAUCAUCUCACGAGAACUCGAAUCCAUGUUUAUGCAUAAACUAGCGCUUUAUCGUAAUACCGCUCGCCUGCAUAUUGCCAUGUACCAGCUCCAUGGCGUUGGUUCUCUACAGCGUGAUCCUGCUGCUGCAUUUAAUUUACUACGUAAUUUGGCGGAUACCGAAGACUUUGCCGAUGCACACUAUCGAACAGCACGUGCGUUCCAGAAAGGUAUUCCAGGUGUCGUCGAACGUAAUCUUAAGCUUGCACACGAAUACUUUCGCAAGGCAGCGGAUCUGGGCCAUGUACUCAGCCAAUUCCAUGCAGCGGAUAUGCUUUCCAACGGAUUCACUUAUACAGACGAGCAAGGAGUGACCGUAUCUGUUAAGGACAGAGAACAGGCUUACUAUCUUUACGCCGGUGCUGCAGCUAAAGGACAUGAGCUGUCUCAAGCUUGCGAGGCUGUCUAUUACGUUGAAGGUUUGGCACCUGUGUAUCGCGAUUUGACACGAGCGGAGGAAUUGCUACGUAGUGCCGCUACUCGAGGUUUACCCGAAGCCAUGGUGACUCUGGCUAGAAUGCUUGUUACUAGUGUGGAUACCGUUGCUGAGGCGCAUAUGUGGUUACUCAAGGCCGAAUCCAAGGACGAUACGAGCGCGUUGCGCGAACUUGCCGCAGCUUACGAGAUGGAUCUUCUUCCUGUUGCGCCAGGAAAGACGAAUUUCCAGGAAGGGUACGAACGACUCGAAAAGGCAGCGUCCAUGGAUGAUCCAAGGGCCUGGUUUAAACUCGCACAAUAUCAUGAAAAGGGCUGGUUUGUGGAGCCAUGCAUCGAAAAUCAAUAUGAAUGCUUGAAAAAAUCCGAGGAUUUGGGCUAUGACAGAGCAAGCUUUGCGAUCGCCGUUUUACUUGAAAGCCAGGCCGAACGCGAUCUCGCUUUCUUGCAGUACAGCACCAUUGUUGAGAGGCACAAUCUCUCCUCUCAGUAUGGCUGGCACGCACGAUUAAACAGUUGCCGGCUCGUUGUAUUACACAAUCUGCGAGAUAGCAAAGAGCAAAGUACCACCUAUAUGAUGCUACAAGAAAUGGUCAAACACGGUGAUUUAGGAGAGAAGGUCAUUGAGCCUCUUGAGUUACUAGGCGUCUGUUGCGAACAUGGCAUUGGAACUUUUUGUGAUUCUAUACAGGCAACAGUUUGGUACCGUAGGGCUGUCAACAUCCAGGUUACAAGCUCCAUACAUUGGGCCCAAGAUAGAACACGAUCCAGACUCGCAAAGCUCCUCAUCGAUCAAGGUGCACACGCUGAAGCUCUGCAACAUUUACAGCAGCUGCAGCCUCGCCUCGAUCGAAUGAUGGGUAAUCAGGAUUCGUCCGAAACAGUCAUGCAGGCCAGAGAAGCACGAUACUAUCUUGGCUACUUGCUUUUACAUGGCAAAGGAAUCAAAAAGAACGAGCAGGAGGCUAAAAUAUGGCUCACAGUAGCCGCUGAUCAAGGCCAUGGGGAUGCUGCCUACGAGCUAGGCCUUUUGGCUGUCCAAGAGGCAAGAUAUGAAGAAGCAAGACGACGUUUCGACCAAGGUGUUACAAGCGGUCAUCGCGGAAGCAUGCGAGAGCUAGCCAUGUUAUUUUGCCGUGAACAGCAAAGCGACAGUUUCGAUUACGAUGAAGACGAUAUUUCCCAAUGGGAUACCUCCCAAAUCCGAUACUUACUGGAGGACGCCGAGAGCGGAGGAGACGUCGAAGCAUUGGUUCAAAUCGGCUUAUUGCACGAAAGUGGCUUUGGAAGUGCGUUCUCAAAGGACCUCGGCAUUGCCCUCGAAUUCUACACCAAAGCAUUUAACUGCGGUCACAGCGCGGCAGCCGUUUAUAAAGGGGAGAUCUAUAAUUCGUUGGGUAGAUAUAUCGAUGCUAUGGUGUGGUUCAACAAACAACCUACCCAUUGGAUUGCACGUUUCCGCUUGGCAACCUAUCGCAUCCUUGACGUAGGCGAGCUUGGACAGGACAAGCAACAAGGUUUCGAUAAUUUGCGCACCGUCGUAGAAUCAACCACUGCGCCCUCAACACUCCAUGAUCGAAAAAUCUGGUGCUCAGCAUGCGUCUUUCUCGGUAGCUGCUACCAGCGCGGUGAAGGCAUGGAGCAGGACAUUGAAAAAGCAAUUUAUUGGUAUAUGCAUGGUGCCGAUCUGGAAAGAGUCAAGUAUACCGAGGCUAUGCUCCAUCUGGGUGAUUUGUACAACGAGCUCGGGGAAGAAACCAAUGCAUUGCAGUGGUUCCAUGAAGCUGCCGCCCGGAAGAAUAUGAGGGCCCAGUUUCAAAUGGGUCUGUUCCACAAAAAUGGAUUUGCAAGGCUGGAACCCAAUCCUGCUGCUGCUGCGCGCUAUUUUACAACAGCUAAAAACCAAGGACACGGUGAAGCAGCAUACGAGCUGGCUCUUAUCUACUGGGAGCAAGGCAACUAUGAAGCAGGCUGGGAUUACUACAAGCUCGCUGCAGAAGAGCACCAAAUUGCUAUCGCGUUGCGCGAGAUCGGCUACAUUUACCAUCGAGGUUUCUCGGGAAAGGAUCGGAGCUCAAACGAGCCUUUCCUUAUUGUCCAGAAUCGCAAAUUGGCCUUCUCGUACUUUUGUCGAGCAGCUGAAUUUAACGACAGCAUGUCCAUCGCAAUGGUUGGAUCAUAUUACCAGGAAGGAUAUCAGCCAUACUCUGGCGACAGCAUGGAAUUCGCCCUCGCGUGUUACGAAAAAGCGUAUCAAAAUCCGCAGAGCCAGAACCGUCCCAUUCUCCAGCUAGUGAUUGGCAGGCUCAUCCAUAUCAUGGCGAACGAGUGUGCCGACUUGGAUCAAGCACGAGAACUUCACCUGCAAGCUUAUGCCUGGUUUGAUAAGGCUGUUCGUGAACCCACAGGAGUGCAAACAAGCUAUGCCCAGAUGAUGGUGGCUUUGUAUCAUCUACAUGGAUGGCAUCCUUCGAAACACCAUCCCGAACUUGGUUUCCAGGAACUGCUAGAGAUAGAGACAGAAGGUGAAAUUGAAGUUUUUAAGGAGGUCUCUCAACACAUUGCUCGAUGUUACGAGGACGGACACGGUGUACAGCAAGACUACAGUAAAGCCUUGGUUUAUUGGAAACGACUCGUAGAAUUGGGUGAUGAACAAGCGCUUCAAUGCGUCGUGGAAUAUUACCGUAAUCAUCGUGCCACGGAUGCCGAUCUGGAAAGCGCCCAGCGAUCUUUUGAAGCAGCAAAAGAAAUCGAAGCAAACACAACAUUAUCCGGCUCGAGCUACGGUCGUUGA